CUCUUUCAAAGCAAUCGAGUAUGAUUUGCGCAUGCGCACAAUCUGAGGUCCGUCUCAGUGCAUGCGCAGAAACUUCGCUCACAGGCGGCGUAGCUAACAGUUUAGCUGAACUACGGCGGCUGCUGCCUUCAACAUGGAGAGAAAAGUUUUGGCUCUUCAGGCAAGGAAAAAGAGGAGCAAAGCCAAGAAGACAUGCAAAAAGCAGCCGGUAAAUCCCAGAAGUCGUCAGCAGGCCCAAAAUGAAGUGUCGCCUCGGGAACCUGAAGAACCUGAGGAGAUUCUGGGCUCUGACGAUGAAGAGCAGGAGGAUCCGAAUGACUAUUGCAAAGGGGGCUACCAUCACGUAAAAGUAGGCGACCUUUACAAUGGAAAGUAUCAUGUCAUUAGGAAACUGGGCUGGGGACACUUCUCGACCGUGUGGCUUGCCUGGGACAUCCAGAUGAAGAGGUUUGUUGCAAUGAAGGUGGUCAAGAGUGCAGAACAUUACACAGAAACAGCCGUGGACGAGAUCAAACUUCUCAAGUCGGUGAGAAACUCAGACCCUGACGAUCCCAAACGGGAGAUGGUGGUUCAGAUGUUGGAUGACUUUAAAAUCUCUGGUGUCAAUGGAACCCAUGUCUGCAUGGUAUUUGAGGUUUUGGGGCAUCACUUAUUGAAGUGGAUCAUCAAAUCAAAUUACCAGGGUUUGCCCCUACCCUGUGUAAAGAGCAUUAUUAGACAGGUUCUCCAAGGCCUCGACUACUUGCACACAAAGUGUCAGAUCAUCCACACAGACAUCAAGCCAGAGAAUAUCUUGAUGAGUGUCGAAGAGCCUUAUGUCCGGAAGCUGGCAGCAGAAGCCACGGAAUGGCAGCGGACAGGAGCGCCACCUCCCUCAGGCUCAGCAAUUAGCACUGCACCUGCUCCAAAACAGACUGUAAAAAUGUCCAAAAAUAAGAAGAAGAAAUUAAAAAAGAAGCAAAAGCGACAGGCGGCGUUGCUGGAAAAGUGCAUUAUGGACCUGGAGGAGAUGGAGAAGAUCACAGAGACGCGGGAAGAAGAUGAGGAUGUCGACGAAGAAGCAGAAUCUCCAAAAGGCCGGGCUUGUGCUCCUCUGAGGCAGAUGUCUUUGAAGGAUUUGGAGAAUCAUGGCACACGAGAAAGUGGCAUGAAUGCAGAUGGGGUGUCUGAGCCCAGCUGUAACGGACACACGGAAGUCGAGCAGAGCCUGCCCCGAUGGAGAGAGGAAGACCAACAUAAUGGCAAUGCUGCAGAGAAGAAACACAACUCCAUCUGCAAUGGUUUGCAUUGUGCCGACCUCAAGAAAGAGCUUCACACUGAAAUCGAAGAAGCGGCUCACUGCAGUGGCGCAUCUGCCAGGCACUUUUCUGGUGGGCUAGAUGUGAAGUUGGAAGAGAGCAUUUGUCCAGAGCAGGGAGAAGAUGGAAGUGAGGAAAAUCUGCAAAAUGGUAAGCAAACGGCAGGGUCUUUGCUCGUCAACCCCCUUGAGCCAAUCAACGCAGACAAGAUCAAGGUUAAGAUUGCAGACCUGGGGAAUGCCUGCUGGGUGCACAAACACUUUACCGAAGACAUCCAGACACGGCAGUACCGCUCCUUAGAGGUACUCAUCGGCGCAGGGUACAGCACACCGGCGGAUAUCUGGAGCGCAGCCUGCAUGGCCUUUGAACUCGCCACAGGAGACUACUUGUUUGAACCACACACCGGUGAAGAUUAUUCCAGGGAUGAAGAUCACCUUGCGCUCAUGAUCGAGUUGCUCGGUAGAAUUCCUCGCCACUAUGCUCUGAGUGGGAAAUACUCACAGGAAUACUUCACAAAGAAAGGGGAACUGAAACACAUCACCAAGUUGAAGCCGUGGGGGUUGCUGGAAGUGCUGGUGGACAAGUACGAGUGGCCUCGCCAAGAGGCAGAGUGCUUUGCCGACUUCCUGCUCCCCAUGCUGGAGCUGGUUCCCGACAAGAGAGCCACGGCGGCCGAGUGCCUACGCCAUCCCUGGCUGACUCUCUAGGAAGACCUCUCCCCUCCUUCCACUCUCUUCGGAGAAUGCAACAGAUCACUUUCCAGUUUGGGCAUAUCAUGAAUAUUUAUUUCUCUCGUUGUUCUUUGGUUAUCGUAUUUGUCAGCGCGAUGGGGAUGUUCCUCGGUCGGCUUCAACUGCUGUCCCCGACCUGGCGAACUCUGUUCUUGUUCCGCUAAUGACUCUUCCUUGUUUGUUCUACUUCUGCACUAAAACCAACCCAAACAAACCAAGGAUAUGUAGCCAUGUCCCCACAAGUUUAUUAGUGCUGUCUCUCUUUUUUCUUUUUUUUUUUUUUAAACUGAGUCUUUUAUUUUCUAUGAAACAUGUAUGCUAUACAUUUUUGUAUUAGUUACGGAGGCUUAUGAAAUUGCACACGGGGCUGGCAUGCACACUGACAAUGAUAACAUUCUAGCAUUUCUCCAGGCAGACUUAUUUAGUGAGACACAAGUGUCUUGUCUGUUGAUGCACAAACAUCAUCUUUGUCACGUGUUUUGCUGUGUAAUAGCUUCAUAAUAAUAAUAAUAACAAUAAUAGUAAUAAUAAUAGAUGCAUCAUUGGCGAAUCCCUUUCAAACUAUUCUUUUUUUUUUUUUUUUUUUUUGAGAACAGUGGAAAUGCAGGAUGGGCUCAACUGACGUUAUGCUUGUGUACUGCAUUCACCAGAAUGUGUACUUUGAGAGGAUUUGCAAAUAUAUUUUUCCAUACAUCCAAUCUUUGGGGAUUUUAUUUAGCCACAAUUCAACUUAGCGUCAAAUAAAUGAGCAACCUCAUUGCCAUUGGAUGCUGGUGUUCUUCUAGAAUAGCUUCCCAACCUUUGUUGAGCCAAGGCACAUAGGGGAAAGGUCUCACGCCACACCAACAAAGUUCUGCCUGACACGACAUGUUGCUGGCAGAAAAAGUUCUUACGUGGUUUGUGGAAAUACAUUUUGGUGAAUUGCUAGGUUGGGAGUCAAAUGGGACGAUUCAGGAAUUGAACGCGACAGAAAGCAACACAAAACACAAGCCCAUCAAAAAGGAAAGAAAGUGAAGAUUGUAUAUAUCUGUACCAAAGAGUUUACCUCCCUCUAAAUAUAAGUUAUGUACAGUUUUUAACAAAAUGGUGUAUCUUAGCUAAAGUGAUUUAGCUGGCUAGCUGUGUUUUAUUAAACGGGUGAAAGGUGUUUGUGUUUGGUUUGUGUGUGUGUGUGUGUGUGAGAGAGAGAGAGAGAGAGAUAUCUAAAGCUGAACAAAUUCAACCUAGAAUAAAGUUGCAUACCACACCA